UUUUCCUUUAUUUAAGAGAAACUCGGACAUUUAAAAUAAUUUAAUUUCAUGGAUUGGAAUGUCCGAAGUUAAAAGGAAUGAAUGUAACAAUAUAGUGAAAUUUGAUUUUUAUAUUUGAAGUUGAAUUUUUGUUACAUAUUGAUACUAUAUUCGCUUUAAAGAUAUUGGUUACUGAUAGAAUACUAUUGAAAUAUUGAUUGAUAAUGCAUGAAUAAAUCUAAAAUUGAUAUUGAAAUUUGAUGUAUUAGAAAUACAAUUUUAAUUUUGGAGUUUUUGAAUAUUAAAUAUAAGAACGAUGGAUGAACUUUCUAAAUUGAGAAAAACCAGAGGUUUGCAUAGAUCUUCAGUUACAAAGUACAUUAACAAGAUUAAUAGCGAUUUGGAAGAGAAAAUAGAUUCUCUUACCACCAAAGAUUUGCAAGAGGCCUUAAAUUAUUUGAAUAUAUCGUCUACACAGUUAAAAGACUAUGAUAAACCUAUACAAAAUCUAAUCAAAGAUGAUAAGGAAUUCGAAACCGAAAUUGAGUCGGCUUUCGAAUACAAUGAAAAAAUCAUAGUUUGUUUGUCCAAGUUAUCAGCGCAAUUAAAAUGUUUACAAGACGAAUCAGAGCGCCAAUCAAUAUCAUCAAAUGUUUCUUUAUUAGGCGCUACAGGAAAUCCUAAUUUAGAUGCAAUAAACAACACUCAGGAAAGUUCAGCCAUCGUACCUGUAAACGAAUAUAAUUUUAAGACCAUAAAAUUGCCUAAACUUACAAUUGAAAAAUAUUAUGGAGACCCCUGUUGCUGGUUAGAAUUUUGGAAUCAAUUUCAAAAUUCUAUUGAUAAUAACAAAUCUCUGUCAAAAAUAGAUAAAUUCUCAUAUUUAAAGUCACUAUUAGGGGGUGCGGCCGCUAUUGCGGUUAAUGGCUUUGCGCUCUCAGACGAGAAUUAUGAUCAGGCUUUAAAAUUGUUGAAACAAAGAUUUGGCAGAGAAGAACUGGUUAUUAACGCACACAUGUCAAAAUUACUAAAUCUUGUACCAGUAACUGAUUCAAAUAAUAUUUAUGGUCUUAGGAAGUUAUAUGAUGCCGUAGAGAUAAACUUAAGAAGUUUAGAAUCAUUAAAAGUUACUUCAGAGAUGUAUGGGCAUUUACUCUAUCCCAUUUUAAUUAAAUUGAUUCCCGAAGAUCUUGUCCUUGAAUUUAAUAGAAAAAAAGUUGAUAAUUCGGUGAAGUUCGAAUUUAAUGUAACUGAAUUACUAAAUUUUUUAAGAAUUGAAAUUGAAUGUAGAGAAUCCUCUGCGCUUAUGCAUACCGCAAAAGGCGAUAAACGCAAAGAAAAUUCGCCCCCGAAAGCGAAACAGAAUCCUUUCAACAACUUCAGUCGAAACACAGCUAGCUCGCAUGAUAUAUUGCGAAGUCCAAGGUCAAGCGCAAAACCGAAGGAUCUUCAAUGUUUUUCCGCGUCAGCUUUAAACGAAAAUUGUUUAUAUUGUAAAGGUGAGCAUCAAUCGGAGUUAUGUUCUCAAACCGACUUAGAAACGAAACUCGGUGUUUUAAAACAAGAUGGCAGAUGUUUUUUAUGCUUGAAGCCAAAACAUCGAGUUAAUGAAUGCCGCCAGAGAAGAUAUUUGACAUGUGAAAUAUGUGGAAAGAAGCAUAAUAAAUCUAUUUGCUCUCAAGCAGAAUCUAAUACACCCGAUUUGAAUAAAGAUAAUAAGAACGUAAUUACCGCAAUUUCACAUUACGAUAAAAACAAAACAAACUUUUCUCGCGGUAAUAUAUUUCUUCAAACAUGUGCAGCCCUAGUACGCAAUGAUGAAACAAACGAAUUUGAAACAGUACGACUAAUGUUAGAUAAUGGAAGUAUGAGAACAUUUAUAACACGUGAAGUUUCAGAAAAAUUAAAGUUAAAAGUAAUAAGAAAAGAAUCUUUAUCGGUAUACUCUUUUGGCGCUAAACAAGCAAAGGAACAUUCUUACAAUAUAGUGAGAGUAGAAUUAAAAAACCGUGAGGAUCCCUCUUUACGUAUUGAAGUAGAAGCUUUGGUUACAGAAAACAUUUCAGCCACUACUCUUCCUGCACCUAACAACAAUAUUACUAAAACGUACUAUAAAUUGAAGCAUUUACAGCUAGCUGAUAAUAUUGAUAAUAGAGGCAAGAAUAUCUCAAUAUUAAUUGGUGUAGAUUAUUAUUAUGAAAUCGUUUCAGGCAGAAUAAAAAGAUUAAACAACAAACUGGUAGCGACUGAAACAAUUUUUGGAUGGUGCUUGCAAGGUCACGUAGGUUUAUCAAAUGAUUUAAUGACCAUGAAGAUUGUAGUAGAUGAAAAGGAUAUUUCGGACCAACUUAAACAAUUUUGGGAUCUUGAGAAUUUAGGGGUAGAAGGGGUUGAAGAGGAUGAUUUCGAAAAACAUACUGUAGAUAAAGAAAUUAUGAAACAAUUUGAAGAAAAUAUUGUUUAUCAAAAUAAAAGAUAUACUGUAAAGUUUCCUUGGAAAACAAAUAUGAAAGAAUAUUUAGCUAAUAACUUUGAAGUGGCUAAAAGGAGGUUUUCGCAUUUAAAAUCAAAAUUUAUUAAAGAUAAAUCGUUAUAUUUAGAUUAUAAAGCUGUUAUUGAAGAUCAUUUAAAAGAAGGUAUCAUUAAGAAAGUUAUAACAUGUGAAGAAGAAAAACCUUCAUUUUAUUUGCCUCACAGGGCGGUAAUAAGGGAAGAUAAAACUACCACUCGUUUGAGAGUGGUAUUUGACGCGAGUUCUCAUGCGAAAGGACAGUUGUCGUUAAAUGAUUGUUUACAUACUGGUAUCAAUCUCAUUCCAGAUCUUUUUGAGAUUUUAAUAGGUUUUAGAGAGCAGGCUGUUGCCAUAACUGCCGACAUAAAGAAGGCCUUUCUGCAAAUACAGAUUGCCGAAGAAGAUCAGAAUUAUACUAGUUUUUUCUGGACGGAAGAUCCGGAAAAGGAAGAAGAGGAAAUUUUCAAGAUGACUCGAGUUCUUUUCGGUGUCAAAUCAAGCCCCUUCCUCCUUGCAGCUACAAUCCAAUACCAUCUAAAGAGAUGGUCUCUCAUCCAGUCUCUUAGAUCCAAAUUUUGGAAAAGAUGGAGUCAAGAAUAUCUCAACUCCUUGCAGUCUCGAGCUAAAUGGAAACUACCUGAACUGAACAUCAAACCCGGACAGCUGGUACUCCUGAAGGAUAAUAGCAAGAGCCCCAUGGAAUGGAACUUGGCCCGAAUUGAAAGGACAUAUCCUGGAACAGAUGGACUAGUCCGUGUCGCAGACAUCAGAACCCCUAAAGGAAUUUUUCGGCGAAGUAUCAACAGACUCUGCCCACUCCCUUUCGAAGAAGGUGUUGGACAACUGUCCAACGGGGGCCGGGAUGUUCCGUCUUAGAGACGCCUUUCCCCUAUUCCAGCUGUAGUCAUCAGGAAACCGGCGCAUGCGCAGUUUCUGUUGAACUUUGAUACGCUUCUUUUUUAUUACUUUAUGAUUCAGAAUUUUGUAAUGCCUAUGAGAGAUGUAACGGAUGUGUUUCCAGUUGCUGUGUGUGCGCGUGCUUUUGUGAUGUUAUGUUAAUAUGCUUCAGAUGUCUUCGUCAGUAGCUGCUUUAGGUAUAAUAAAUAGAAAAAAGACAGAUCAGGUCCCCUUUAUUUGAUUACCCACGAACAACUGUGAUAAAGCAUAAAACUACUCUCCUUCAAAAAAUAAACUAUAACAUUUAUUUCUACGACAAGACAAGCUAUUCUAUAUACAUAUUAAGUUUAAAUGACUGCAUUUCCGAAAGAAAAUAGUUCAGAAUCUUUUCAGCUGCUGAUCACAACGCUGUUCCGUUUUCAAGUUUUUCCAAGUUGUUGUUGUUUUCAAUGCGGAGUUGAGUUGAUACUCGCUUCGUCGAAGAUUGCGGAUUCACGCUACAACAGUUAUAGUUUGUGUUAUUUGAAUUAAUGAAUGCAAUGUUGAAAAUUUUGUGAAAUAUUAAUUUUAAUGCACUCUUUCGAUCUUAUCAGUCAUACUUAGUGAAAUAUUCUUGAAUCAUUAACAAUCUAAA